AUGGGCUCGAAUAGGCCCAUGAUCUUCGUCCUCAUCCCCUCCUCCUCCAUCGUCCUCGAACCUCAAGGUCCUCAACCCACGAAACCCUAACUCUUUGUUUCUCACAACCGCGCCAUUAAUCGAUGGUGCUCACGAGCUUCAAUGGCGUUGGCGUUGGAUUCGGUUUUGGGAUUGGUUGUGGUUUUGGAGUUGGAUGGGGCUUUGGAGGGAUGCCUCUGCAGACAUUCGGUCUCGGCAUAGGUGGAGGCUGCGGAGUCGGACUCGGCCUUGGUUGGGGAUUCGGUAGUGCUUACGGGUGUCAAUACCGAUCUUCCAAGGUCAGGUUUCAGGGCAUGGAAUUCAACAAGAAAGCCGUCGAAGAUAACAAGAUGUUACCAGUCUCCGAAAAGCUCGCCGGAGAACCUCAAUCUUCUGGCUGACAUUGCCCUAUUUUUAAAUGUUCUUGUGGAUUUCGCUUAGCUUGAUGUUGUCAUACACUUGAAAUGAAUCAGCACAUUUCUCCAAAGUGAUAAUAAAAGUAAAUGCAUAGAAUAUUAUUAUGAUUA